CAAUUUUUACGUCCAAUUAUUAUGUAUGACAUACUAUCUAUUACUUAUUUCAAUGCAAUUGAAAACUAGCCUAGUUCAUAUUGAAGACAGGUUAUAUAGCCAUAGUUUCAUAAAUUUUGUUCAUACUAAACUCACUUUGGUAUUGUCAUUAUUUUACAAAUUCUAUAAUGAAGGCAUGGAAGGAUUCAGCCAGUUUAAUCGUAGCUGCUCGUCAAGGGUUAAAACAUAAUCGUUCGUUACCUCCUACAACUAUUCAUUAUGAUUACCGGUUGCUCUGUCUAAAACGUCAUCAAAAUUCAAGCUUCAUGCCAGGAACCUAUGUAUUCCCUGGAGGACUUACAGAAGCAGCCGAUGCUGAUUUAAAAUGGAAGAAACAGUUUGCAGCAUUUGGUUUCGAUGGUAACAGUUUCUCAUCGCUAUUUCCAGAGAAUCAAAAACGGCCACAGAUAUUUAAAGCUGAACUCAAUGAAUUACCCAGAGAAAUUUCUCUGCGUAUUACUGCAAUAAGAGAGACAUUUGAGGAAUGUGGAAUAUUACUGUGUAAGAGAUUAAAGAAGAAUAAUUCUACAUCCGAGUGGGCUGAAGUAAUUCCUAGGGCAGAAGUGCAAUCUUGGCAAAAUAAAGUGCAUAAUGAUGCAACAGAAUUCUACAAAUUAUGUGAGGGUUUACAGUGCUAUCCAGACCUAUGGGCCUUACACGAAUGGAAUAACUGGUUAACACCUACAUUUUACACAGGAAAGCGUUACAAUACUAUAUUCUUUUUAGCAUGUAUGCCUAUGCUACCUCAGACUAAAAUAGAAAGUACUGAAAUGGAAGACAUUACUUGGGACACACCAAAGAAUUUAAUUUCCUCAUCAAAAGUUCUACUAGGUCCGCCACAACAUUAUGAAAUUUCACGAAUAGCUAAUUUUGAAUGUCUAGAUAAUUUAUUAGAGUUUGCUGUAAGUCGUGCAAAAAUGGGGGUACGAUUGUAUCUACCAGUACGUGUUAAAUUAUCGGAUGGAACUGUUCACGUGCUACCAGGAGAUUCCAUGUAUCCUGAUUCAGUUAGUCUUAUGGAGAAACAAAUAAUUGAUCAUUCAAACAUGACAAUAUUGGAAUUCCGAAACGUUUCAUUAAUGAAGAAUCGACUGGAGUUUUAUGAUUUGGAAGUAAAAAAAAUAGUUGCAAAUCAUGACAGUGACGAUGGACACCUAACACCUGUGUGCUUAGACAAAAUUAACUUAAAAUUGGCAAAAAAAAAAUAAAACCAUUCUUUUAUCAUUCAUUUAUAUAAUCUUAUACAUUUUCAGAUGAAUAAAUUAUUAUAUUUGUGUAAA